AUGGAUGACCCCAUGAGCUCCUCAAGGCGAGGCAUGAAGGCACCCAUGCUUGUGGAUAUCCUGGGAAGUGCCAAGGCACUGGGUGACGUUAGGUGGACAGCUGGGCGAGGGCGCUGGUUGGCCUGGGCGCUAGGCGUUGGCUAUCUUGGGCGCCAGGCAGCUGGGCGCUACCUUGGAAGAAGAGGCGAUACUAAAGAUGGCAUAUGGUUUGGGCAACAUCAAGGAGGACCCAGGCGAAGCCAGGAGAAGGGAGUGCGUUGGAGCGCCGACUGGAGUAUCAGAAAAUCAUAA